GCGCGCACCUCCAUUUGGUUCAGUCUUCAGUACCAGUGUCGUCGUUUACGGACCCUAGCCUUCGUUGUCAGAUGGCAUCAUGGAGACCACUGAGACUACUGAGUCUCUUGCUUUGGACACAAACAAAGGGCUGGACAGCUGCCAUUCUCGUUAUUGUAUUCCUGAAUUGGAGUGUUUUCACUAGGCUGGAGCUUGUGGGUUCAGCGCUCCAAUUCAUUCCAAUAUUUGUUGUUCCCGUUUAUGCUGAUUGACCAACGCCGCGUUUGUGGAUUGGCCCUCGACAUUUUAGAUCCCAGAUUGUUGUGCACAGCGUUCUCGCUUCGCGAAUACUAUUUAGUCUUCAAGCGAACAGCCUGGGAGCAAUCGGUCAUCCCCACAUACCUAUCGACGAAUGCGCCGGAAAUGCAAUCGAUUCCAGAUGGGUUUCAAGCGUGGCGUGAAGGCAGGGAGACAUUUACUGGUGCUGGCCAACCAGAUCAAGCUUAGAUGUGCUAAUAAUUUUUUUCCCUUUGUCAUUGCAACGGGGAUGUCGAUUGCAGUGGUCCAUGGAAGGGAUAGUAGCGUAGUCGGCCAAUUAACAUCGUUGACCGGUCAAAUCAUAAUGUCAGAAACGGCUUUAGCUGGAGCUCUGUUGAACCUUCGACAGCCCCUCGAACUCGACUUGAAGCUCAGUGAACCACGACUCCAUCCUAAGGCGCGCAGCGACCUGCUCAUACUCACGCUAGGUCCACAAACCGUGCCUGUGCAGCAAUCCGCAGUAGUUUUGCAAGAUGCUGUCAAAGCAGCAACAAUGGCGAUGAAGGAGAAACGCAUUUUCUGUCAGACGGCAGAAAUUUCGGUAGAACCUGCAGAAAUGUGUUCAAUUACGACCCUUGUAUCACAACCUGCCAUCACUGGGGCCAUAGUUCAUGAUAUCUUGAAAGAACAACCGGUUCAUUCUGCGACCUGGCCCGACUCAGCAGACCGCGAACGAAGCAGUGGUGCACUGUUCUUGAAGAAGCAUAUCAAGUUGCACUCUUCAAGUUCUAACUGGCUUACCGAUGCUGCAUAUUUGAACCAUGGCUUCGUUCCAUCGUCUCUAAGUCCGUCUGAGUCAGGCUGGGGUCGAUCGGUCGGUACUAAAGUUCUGGAGCGGUCAAACUAUGUCUAUUCAAACGGCGUUCGCCGAAGCGUCGCGCCCGCCAGCGGACGAACUAAGUAUGACAUUGAAGCUUCGAAUCUGGUUACUGAUCGCAUGUCGUCCGCAAAUACGGUCAACGUCCCUGCAAAGUUCUCUAGCGGCACGUUUCAUUAGCCGGGCACCGGGGUAGGACAAUCCUGGAGCCUAGAGGGAGGAGCUAGCGCGAAUGAGCGCGGGUAGAUUUUAUUCCCAUGUUUUGAAUUGUAUGUCAUGUUGCAAUGCAUCGAUUUCCGUAUA